AGGCGACAGCCUAGCAGGCGCAGGGCAGCCGGUUGCUGGCAGCCAGGGACUGGGCUUCCAGCGGGCAGGACCUAGUGCGACCGCCUCAGGGGCUCUGGACGCCCCGGCAUGUCUGACGAAGACGACGAGGAGGAGAUCACCGCGGACACGCUGCGGUGCAAGCCCCGUGCGCUGCCCAUUUCGGCGCAGGCUGCCUUCGGCUACGUCCCACCGCGACGCCAAGAUCCUAAGGAGCACAGCUACUACUACCGCCAGGCCAAGACAGGGAUCAUUUCCCUCUAUGACUGUGUUUUUAAGAAGACGUCAGGAUAUAAUCAGAAACUGCACCGAGAUGACAGAGAACACGCCAAAAGCCUGGGACUUCAUGUUAAUGAGGAGGAGUGGGAGAGGCCGGUCGGAGUGCUGACGUCCUCUGUCUAUGGCCGCCGCAUCCACCAGCCUGUGGAGCCCCUGAACCGGGACCACGGCCGCGCCAACCACGUGAAGGCCGACUUCUACAGGAAGAACGACAUCCCUAGCAUCAAGGAGCCGGGCUUUGGGCACAUUUCUCCAGCCUGACACCCUCCCUGUGGCCCGAAGGGUGUGCUGGCAAGGCAAGCGAAGUUCACCGAGGGCUGCCACACAGGCUUUAUUUCCCUUUCAUGGACUAGGAGCCGGCCUUGACAGUGGGAAGGAUGGCACAGUAGCCUCCCUCCCUCAGGCUGCCUUGGUGAAGAACCUGGCCAAACACCUGUAAUACUUAGGAGGCUCAUCUAGUGCGUGGCAGUUUUCACGUGAAACUAUUUCAGGGGAAAUGAUGCUGGAGACUGUGAGCACCUGAAUAAAAUGAAAACUUUGUUCUCACU